UAAAGACAAUUUUUACCAACCACAGCCACAACCACAAGAGAGAGAAUGGGAAAGAGAACGACUAAUGCUCUGAAGAGAGAGGAGUUAAACAGAGGAGCUUGGACUGAUCAUGAAGACAAGACCCUUAGAGAUUACAUCACGACUCAUGGUGAAGGCAAGUGGAGCACUCUCCCAAACCAAGCUGGGCUCAAGAGAUGUGGCAAAAGCUGUAGACUCCGGUGGAAGAACUACUUAAGACCGGGGAUAAAGCGCGGGAACAUCGCACCUGAUGAAGAAGAACUCAUAAUCCGUCUCCAUAAUCUCCUUGGAAACAGAUGGUCGUUGAUAGCUGGGAGGCUUCCAGGCCGAACAGACAAUGAAAUAAAGAACCAUUGGAACUCAAACCUCCGCAAAAGACUUCCCAAAACUCAAACCAACCCACCGAAACGUAUAAAACAUUCGACCAAGAACGAGAACAAUGUCCAUGUUAUACGUACAAAGGCGAUGAGGUGCUCGAAGGCUCUUCUCCUCUCGGAUCUGUCUCUUCAGAAGCAGAGUAGUAUCAGUCCACUUCCUUUGAAAGAACAAGAGAUGAUGGGUCAAGGUGGGACGUCAUCUUCGUUGAUGGGAGAUCUCGAGUUCGAUUUCGAUAGGAUCCAGUCGGAGUUUUUAUUCCCGGAUUUGAUUGAUUUUGAUGGUUUGGACUGUGGAAACGUAACAUCUCUUGUUUCGUCUGAGGAGAUUUUGGGAGAUUUGGUUCCAGCUGAAGGUAAUCUCGAUCUCAAUAGACCUUUCACUUCUUAUCACCACCAUGGCGACGAUGAAGACUGGCUCGGAAACUUCAACUGUUGAACCUACCGCAAACAUCUAUAUAGUAUUACAUACUUUUCUAGCUAUACGGACAAAAGUAUAUGUGUCUGAACGCUUCUAAGUCCUAAAAUUCUAACUUACUAUAAGGAGAACAAAGAAACAAAUAAAUUAUACAAUUUCGAGUGCUGUGGAAAUU